AUGCAGUGGAUUUUUGAGAAGUCGGACGCUGGACAGAUCUUGUGCCAAGCAUGUCGCCUAGUCCCGCUUCAAGACAACUUGAUGGUUACCAAAGUCUGUCAGCUAAUAGUCAUCAUUACUCAUCAAAAGGUGAAUCUCACGAAACCCAGCACGACAGCACUUCUAGAGUUUGUGAUUGGAGUUAGCAAGCAAUGUGUAUCAUGGAUGCUCCCAGACACAUUAAGGGCUCUAGGUGCCAUUCUCUAUGAAAAUGGACCAAAGAGUGAAAUGUUUCUUGAAGAAAUGUUGAUGCCGACGCCUCCAGGUCUCCUGCAGAAAAUGGUCUUGUCACAUGACCAUGAAGUCAGACGCACAGCUAUCCUCUGCGUUGCUAAUGCUUGUAUGAAGAGUGAGGAUGGAAGGGUGAUCAGCGAGCCGCUUCUGAGUCUCAGUUUAGACAUAAUCUUAUCAGCACUUCAUACCUCUAAACCGACUGGUUGUGAUGACUAUACUCAUGUUAGGUUCUUAUUAGGAGCACUUCGGGGGUUGCAGAACCUUUUAUCUGCUCAGAAGAACAUCCAUGUUGAACAGUUGGGGUCAGUUUUAGCAGCCCUGAAGAGCUAUUCCUUGUAUGGAUUACCAGGCAUUGGGACCAAUUUUCAGAUCCCUUCCACCCUCUUCCCUUCCUCCCUCUACCAGUCCAGCCCUUCCCCUGCUAGACCCAAUACCCAGCCGAAAGGAGAUGAUGUUUCAGAGGGGAAAGGCGCCCAGGGUGGAACACCAAAGUCGUCCACAGGAAGGAAGAAUAAGAGAAGAGGAGGAAAGAAGCAACAGGAGAAAGAACUAGCAAAACAACAGCGGGAGAAACAGGAAGAAAACCCAACAGCUUUCAUGAAACAGGGAGGACACCAGCCUGAUGGAACAGCCGCAGCAGAUGGCUCUUCCAAUCAAGAUGCACUCUCCUUCUGGCCUAGCUGGGGUAGAGUAAGCAGUUCAGAGUCAGAGUACUCAGAUUCAGAGGGAGGACAGGUAUCAAAACUAAGAUCUGCAUCAUGUAAAGUGAGGCAGGCUUCCCUAGGGUGUCUCCACAGUGUCGUGAAGAACACGGAUAAGAGGCAGAUGUUUGGUUACUGGGCAGCAUUCAUUCCAGACGCACCGCCUACCACGGGUCUCAACACGCAGACCCUAUUCACCUGUAUGUUGAAGGAUCCAUCUCCGAAGGCUAGGGUAGCAAGUGUUGCAGUCAUCAUGGCUCUCCUUGAUGGCUCUAAACAGUUCCUUAUUGCAGCUGAUGAAAGAGUUCAGAAGAAAACCGCCUUCACGCCAUUUUCCUAUACACUAGCAUGUACGAUCAAGGAGAUACACAGAAGCCUUCUUUUAGCCUUGGUUGCUGAAAGCUUCCAUACCACAAUUACACAAAUCGUAAAGUGUCUUUCAAUGUUAGCAAUGAAUGUUCCUUACAAUCACCUUGAAGCUGGUCUUCUUACCAGGGUAAUAAGAGCGCUCAAACCAUUCUUCUGUCACAGAGACAGCAAUGUAAGGACAGCCUGCCUGACGUGUGUAGGGGCCGUCCUGGGAGCCAGCCCUCCAUUAGAUGAAGUCACCAAGCUCCUGGAGAGCAGCGAAAGACCAAAAGCAGGUGGUUCCGGAACCUUGUUUCUUCAGCUCAAAGCCAACCAGUCCUCAAACAAUGUGGAAAGUCCCGUGGAUGAAAGCGGAAGAGAUAAUCCUACAGAGGUCGGAAGCCCUGCUGACUCUGCGGAACAGGAUCCAAGACAGGCCUUGGGUCUCCCUAGUGCAGGAGAGGCAGAUCGAACUGAACAAGCCUUGAAGAGGAUGUCAUUGAAAGAUGGACAAAGUGCCUCUGGAAGAUCAGAGGCAACUGAUGACAGGACUGUGAACCCUGCGAAUGACGGUAGUAACCGUAUGUCUUGGUUAGUAAGACUUUGCAGUGAUAUAUGCUUGCCAGCUGACACUCUGGAAUAUGCAGCAAAUAGUCAAAAUGAAAGGUACGGUAUAGAAUCCCUUCCAGUGCGGAUAGAGUCCCUUCAAGUACUAACCCAGAUGGUGAAAGGAUACUUUCAUAUAAUGAGAGGGUCCCUCAUGCACCUGGCCCAUAUCAUCAUUGAAUGCUUGUCAGAUAGAGAUGCUCAAAUACAACUCCAUAGUCUGAAGGUUCUUGAAGAGCUGGGUAAGGCUUUGUUAGAUCAGCUUGAUUCUGAGGGUGAGAAAUCUGCCAAACUCAAACCUCCUCUACAGCCCCAAGAGGCUCUUGAGGUAUGGAGGAAGCUGUUAUCAGGGACAUUACCCAGAAUCCUCCAGGAUUCAUCAAAUAGCGUACUCCAAUCCUGUGCGUGUGAUUGUCUUUCAACUAUUGGACCUCAGGUCUUUGAACUUUUAGAGGGAAGAGAGAGGGCUUUGUGCAUCACUCUGUUGCUUGGUCUGAGCUGUGAGGAAGAUUAUCGAGUGAAAGCUGCAUCGAUCAGAGCCCUGGGGGUCUUUGUCCUCUACCCAUGCUUGAGACAGGAUGUAUUGUUUGUGGCAGACACAGCGAAUGCAAUCUUGAGUUCUCUCCAAGACUCCUCCGUUAACGUGAGAAUGAGAGCUACCUGGUCUCUUGGCAAUCUCAGUGAUGCCCUUCUCAUUAACUUGUAAGUAAUACUUUUGUUAUGUAUAUCCAGGGAGGUUGUGAGGAAGAGAGGGAGACAGUGACGGAUGGAAAGAGAGAGGAAGGGGAAGAAAAAUGUUUGUGUGUGUUUGCUUGUAGUCCCUUAUAACCAGAGUGUGACACUCAAAUAUCACUCUGGGUCUGGAAAAUAGGGAUCGUCCCUGUUUUUUAGCCUCUGAAAUGGCUCCAUAUUAACCCUAAGGAGACUGAAUCAGCCCCCCCUCGACAUUUUUCACGAUAAAUCUGCCGCUCAAAAUUUUUUUAACACGUUGCUCGCUGACUUUUUAAUUUCAAGUCUUCCGCAACUUUUGAGACCAAAAUUAAGACCCCCGGGUACGCGGUUCCAAAAUUACGCAACACUUCGUAUGUGCAUGCAGACCCUAAAUUGCUCAAAUACAUGAAUUUGUGUUCAAAUCCAAUGCAAGUAGUGUUUUUAGCCGAAAUUCAUAAAUGGUAUCAUUAUUUUACCUUUACUGCUUAAAAUCAAUAAAGUUUAUCUUGUUUAUGGUCAAAAUAAAGUCCCCGGCAAUUUCCAUUG